GCAGCGUUAACAGUAGCUUGUCCGUGUGUUGUUUGUUCAAAAUGUAUGGAGUAAUUUAAUAAUUUAUGGGAUCAGUCAGUAUAGCAGACAAUGUGAGUGUUUGGACAUGAUACGUCUGUUAUAACAGCUUCAGAAUUAUAAAGUGUCUGUCAUAGUGUAAUGGAAAAGUGUCCACAGUUAAUCUCAGAUGUUCUGUCUUCCAUUGAGCGACACGAUGACAGUUCGGACCUACACGCCUGUCUGGAGAGAUGCAAGACGGAAGAGAUCACGUCCUGGUAUGAUGACAAUGGUUUGGACAUCAUGCACCACGCCGUCCUCUCACACAAUGCCAUAUCAGUUGGGUGUCUGUUGUCGCGAGGUCUGUUCAAACCACCACACGAACCGGCUAGUUUCCCAUAUAUUCACCUAGCCUGUAAGACUGGGCAGAAAUCCGUUGUGGUGCUUCUGCUCCAAGAGAGACCGUUUGACAACAGACCAGCAUUGUUCAGCUACGGCGAGCAAGAAUCCAGUACCAAGUUGAAUGGUCAAAGCCACCAGACACAGGAAAAACUCCAAACGCCGAUAGAUGUCGCUGCAGAUGCAGGUCAUAUAGAGUGCGUUAAAACCAUUUUAGACUUUCAGCAGGUAAAAGCGUUAUUUCAAACGACUUUACUGGGAUACCGAGACAAGCAGUGUAAAGUUUCUCGCCACGAAUCAUAUAUAGACAUGGCCUGUAGGUGUAAUUCACCAAAGGCUCUCAGACUGCUGUUAACAGAAAAUCCUUCAAAGGCUGACGUGGAAAGAGCUGUCGACUUUGUAGUUAAAAACGGAAGACCCGAGUGCCUCGAUAUACUAUUGAGAUGCAACAUUGACCCGAAGUCAGUGUUUGGAGGGAUGAAUUUCUUUCACGUCCUGUUCACAUAUGGCAUCUUGUUCGACCCCAGCCGGUACGAAUCUCUCACUCUGAUGACGACAGUGUUAUUACGCCAUGGCCACAAACCUCUUGCUUUUCGCCCAUCCCGGACAUACCCGCUAUACAGCCUCCUGAGUCACGCGUAUUCUAACGAAGAUUACUUGAAAGAAUCUGCGCCGUACCUCAUAUCGUGUAUCCUCCUGCUUCUCCAGGCUGGCGCAGACCCAAACUUUGACGAAAUAAAGGUCGAGGAGUUGGCUUGCGAUGAGGAAUGUGAAACGGCUUUUGGCAGAGAAGCAUUUUCCUCUGCGCUGCAUUGCCUCUAUAACAUUGUCGCAAUCGGGGCAUUUCAAGAAUCCAAGGAAGUCUUAGAUCUUGUUUCAAAGUAUGUUUUAAAAUGCUCAGAAAUAUUACUGCACCACAGCGCCGAUCCUGACUACAUUGGCAGACUGAGUAAUUCAAGCUAUGGAAAUAGUCUUCAUGCGUUUGGACUCGCAAGCCGGUAUCUAAGUUCUGUCAAACCCACAAUAAAAUUAUUGUUACGCUUCGGGGCUAACCCGGAUGCCGAAGUUUGCAAUUCGUUUCCACUAAACACAUUCUGUGAAUCGAUAAUUACAAAUGUCACAGACAUGUUGCCACCAACGCAAGAUUUAGUCGUUGAUAACGCAAAGGUAUUAAAUCUGAGCUGUCUGAUGACGUCUAUGUCUCGUAAAUCACUCGUUGCUUCUGGAGAACGUUUGAAACAUUCUCUCAAAAGUGUCACUGAAACAAGGAGAAAACAUAUAUUGGUGAAAGUUCUUUCUAAGAUCGAAGCUACAACCAGAUGUGUGUGGAGUCUGAAAAAGACCUGCCAGCGACGCGUAUGGAUACUGUGUGGACGAGAUUACAGAUCAGUCCACACACUGCCACUACCAGUAUCAGUCAAAACGGAAAUUACUAACAUGGUUUAGAGUCGGUCCACACACUGCCACUACCAGUAUCAGUCAAAACGGAAAUUACUAACAUGGUUUAGUCAUUAAAUUUUGUCAUCCAAUCUAUUAUUGUACUCUAUUUUCAUUGCUCUUGAUUUUAUGUCCCUAUUACAGUAUAAUGUGACAUAAAUAGGAUUGAAUAUUAUUAUGUCGAACAUUGCUGGCAAUUAUUGCGUUUAGUAAUUAGGCCUAAUAGUCAUGUAUUUUGUGUGUGACAGACGGGCGGUACAGUACAGGAGGCUACUGGGAGCGACUCCAGCAGCACAACGUAAGGACAACUUGCAGUUGACUGUUUUAGUGAACAGUUUCAAGACAUCUAUGUGUAGUGCUCCACAAUAUAAUCAUAACGCUUUUAUCCUUUAGGUAUUUGCGUAGUACAGCUAAACGUUAUUAUGAAACAUAUUUGACACAGAAUACACGAGCGUCGUAAGAUGCUGGCAAGCAACCGAUAUAUGUAUUCCUUUUGCUAGAACAAAUGUGUUAAAAAUGCCAUUUAUGUAUUCAACAAUUGAUCUUUGGAAUAGUCUGAAAUAAAAUAAAAAAGCAGUAGCACAGGA